GAACUGAGUGAUCGCGCAGGCAACCCGGAAGGAACAGGUCCUCUCAUCUGCCGCUAGCAGGAUCUACGCUAGCCAGGUGAGCACAGGUGAGCAUACCCGGCCCAGUGUACUGUCGGACGUCGGCACGGCAAGAGGCGAGUGUAGAAUACGAAUAGCCCGAAGGGAAUCCGAGAGUGCAUUCAACUCGGGGAAUCGCGCGUAUCGUAAAUCGCGAAUCGCGUGCGACGGGACGCAGCGGCGUCGGCGACGCGUCCGCAAUACCCGCGCGAGGAAAGCCCGAGGAAACAUGCCUGGGAUAUAUCGCUUUGGCGGAUACCCGUUAACGGGAUGUACGAGGGUACCACGUGACUGACGCGCGCACCGGAAGCAGAGGAAGCCAAAAAUGUCGCUGCGAAGGAGAACGUCUACCUUUCCCUCGUCGCCGCCGCUGCAUUCCUGGCUGAUCACGGUGGUUCUGUUGAUCUUUUCCGUCCAAGUUCACCGUGUAACAGGAUGCCAGUUUUAUCCUGUCGGGGAGUAUCUGAAAUUCGUCAGGGUGCCGGAGAAUCUAGAAACAGGAACUGAAAUUCUUUCGUUGGAGGCACAUCCGAGAAAUCGACUCGCCAUUACGGCGGUCGACAAGGAGGAGGACGCCGGUUUCUUCGCUUACAAGGAAACGAACGAGACGCACGUUUCACUGAUUCUGGCACAGUCUCUGGAGGAUCUCGUAGACGCGGAAUCGCCACGGAACCUGCUAAAAUUUCGCGUCUCCUGCGACUCGGGCUCCGGUGACUCGUUGGUGUCAUCGCAUUUGUCGGUGACGGUCUACGUGGAGGACAUAAACGAUCACGCGCCACAAUUUGUCGAUGCGCCUUAUCACGUAACGGUGGACGAGCUUACGCCAGUCGGUGUGACGAUAUUUCGCGGGAUCCACGCGCUGGAUGGCGACAAGCCGAACACGCCGAACAGCGACGUUUAUUACGCCAUCGUGAAGGGGAACGAGCAGGGCAAAUUUUCCCUCGAGUCCGGACACAGAACCGCCCUAAUACUCCGAAAGCCGGUCGACUACGACAGCGGAGAUCGCGAGUUCACCUUGGUUAUUACUGCGACCGAUCGCGGUGUACCCGCCAGGAGUACGAACAGCACCGUCAAGAUAACCGUCGUGGACAACGAUGAUCUCGAUCCGAAAUUCACGCGGGACAUCUACAAGGCGAAAAUUUAUGAGUUUUAUCCCAUGCCGGAGUACCCAAUCUUUAUGGAGAUCAAUUUCACCGAUCCGAUCCACGCGGCUGAUCGCGAUCGGGACAUCAAUGUGCCAGUACGAUACGACAUAAUAUCCGGUAACGAAAGAGGUUUCUUCCAUCUCGAUCCGAAAAACGGCUCGCUGUUUCUAAAACGCGCGAUCGAUCUUGACGCCGAGCGGAGCUUGCCGGGGAAUACGUUUAAUCUCCAGAUUCACGCGUCGCAAGUGGACAAUCCGUUGAAGAUGACCGUCGCACGGGUCGAAGUGGAGAUGAUGGACCUAAAUGACAAUUUGCCACAAUUCGAGGUCGAUUUGUACAACAUUAGCAUCGUGGAGAAUCUACCGAAUGGCUUCAGCGUGCUGCAGGUGAUCGCGCGCGACAAGGAUCAGGGUGAGAACGGGGAGUUUGAUUAUCAGCUGGAGGAUCCAGCGGGCGCCUUUUCCGUGGAUCGGGAAUCCGGUUGGCUCACCGUAAAGGAUCAGACGGUUCUGGACCGUGAGAAACGCGAUCACCUGAAGAUGAAGGUGUACGCUGUAGAGCACAGACCGAGCGUCGUCGUAACGAGCGAAGCUGGCUCGAAAGGAUCUUCCGUAGACGUCGAGAUUACCCUUCUCGACGCCAACGAUAACAAUCCCAUCUUCGUGCCCGGCAAUCUUUACGAGCUGGUGGCGAGAAGCGACGUGAAGGUCGGCACCGUGUUGGGUCAGGUGCACGCGGUGGACGACGACCUGGGUCCCAACGGAUUGGUUCGCUAUCGACUGCAGAAACCUGGCAACUCCACGCUUCGGAAACCGCCGUUCGCGGUGGAUGAGAGCACGGGUCUGAUCACGGUGUCGGAGAGCCCGAUACUCGAGGGUAGACACGCGAUUUUCGUGGAAGCGGCUGAUCAGCCGGCGAAUCCCAGCGAGAGAAGAUUUUCUUUAGCGGUUGUCACGGUGGACGUCUUUCGUGCGGAUGGUCCAAAUUCGUGGAAACCAGAUUUCGUCGGUGCACCCUACGAGUUCUGGGUCGGUGCGAAUGUACCUGUGGGUACUAGCGUCGGGCAGAUUCGUCUGAAUGACGCCGUCAAAACUAAUGACCUUAUCUACGACCUUCUGCACGGUUACGAGGAAGGAGUUCCAUUUGCCGUGGAGGAGCGCUCGGGUACAAUAACGGUCGUGGAGGAGAUCGAGCGCUUCGACCAUUCCAUAUACGACUUCGAGGCGGUCGUCAGCGACGAGAGGGAACUGACGCUGAUCACGAACGUUUCAAUCCACGUGGUAGAUCCAAAUGACAACAGGGGUAUCCUUACGAAGGGAACGACCACCGCUCCUCUGGCUUUCCAUGUAAAGGAGAAUAUUCCCGGCGCAUUGAUCGGCCAAGUGCUUCCGCAGAAUGGCACAACGGCGGCUAUGUCCGGCACUCAGUUCCUUAUCGUCAAUCAGCAGGACGUGCCCGAUAUCGCCAUUAUGGAGAACGGUUCUCUUUACGCUCCUCAAGGUUUGGAUCGCGAGAUAAGAGAGAACUACAGCAUCACCGUGAUAGCCGAGAGUUUACGCGGCGUGGGCGUGUUUCAGGUGCGAAUCGUCGUGGACGACGAAAACGAUCACGCGCCGGAAUUCACGUUGCCCGCUUACGAAGGCCGGAUUAUGGAGAACAGUCCUGCGGGAACCGAAGUUACUCUGACAAAUCCGAUUGCGGCGAGCGAUAAAGACGAAGGCGAAAAUCGGGACUUCACGUUUGCGCUGCAGGGCGACGAUAGCGGUCUGUUCACGAUCGAUUCAAUAACGGGUCGAGUGUACUUUGAAGGUAUCGACGAGCCUCUGGACCGCGAGACAAGGUCGAGCUACGAAUUUCAAGUUAUCGCCACUGAUAGCGGCGGACUGAAGUCGGAAAGUUCUCUGAAGAUAACGGUGCUCGACGCGAACGACAAUCCUCCGAAGUUCAUUCGGAUGAUAGUCCUGCCGGAUCAGGGAGUGCGAGUAUCAAAUAAUCCGAGUGAGGAUACAUCUGCUGAGAUAGAGGAUGAAGGAAAUCAAUCCGACAACCCGGUGGGCGGCGGGCGGCGCUCGCCGUUGCUGCUGGUGCCGGAAAACACGACGAUCGGCGUGCCGAUAAUACGUCUGCUGGCGGACGACAAGGACGAGGGCGUGAAUGCGGCAAUAACGUACAGUCUAGGGAACGAGACGACUUCCAGCGGGGUUCGAUCGCGCCGUUACGAUGCCACCAGUCGUCGUUAUUUCCACCUCGACCCGCGCACGGCUGAAAUAUCCGUGGCCCGGGGCUUACCGCCGGAAAAGGACAUUCGGCUGUUCAUCCUGGCGAGGGACCCCGACGGUCUCGCGGACAACAUCACCGUCAGGAUCCAUGUGACGGACGUGAACGACCACGCGCCCGUCUUUGACAAGUCCUGGUACACCUUUGAUGUGGCCGAGGGCAGUUACACCGAUUAUGCUGUCGGUACGGUGCAGGCGCUCGACGCCGAUUUCGGUGAGAACGCCAAUCUCAGCUACGAGCUGAUAACUAGCCACGAGGACUCGAAACGAGCCGGCAACGCCUCGCGAUCAUUCGACGUGGACUCCUACGAGGGAAUUAUACGCGUGAGCGGGACUCUCGAUCGAGAGAGAGCUACGACCCAUCGUCUCCUCGUGAUCGCUCACGAUCAAGGCUCGCCGAGUCUGAGCUCCUCCGUGGAGGUAGAGAUAAAUGUAUUGGAUGUGAACGACAACGCACCGACGUUCCACGGCUACGAUGAGCUAGAGGACGAUCGGUUGCCGGUCUACCGGGUCUCCGUCCUGGAGAACAGUCCGAUCGGCACGCAGAUCGUCAAGAUAUACGCGAACGACAGCGAUUUCGCUGGUAACGGGAACGGACUGAUCCUGUUCGAUCUGAAUUAUCAGAACGGCGCGGAGAAACAGUAUUUCGCGGUGGACAGCAAGGAGGGCGUCAUCACGACUAUCGCCAAACUCGAUUACGAGACCAAAAGUAAUCAUCGUUUGAUCGUCACGGCGAGCGAUCUCGGCUCGCCGGUAAGUUUGACCUCCUCGGCUGUGAUUCUCGUUACGGUGUUGAACGUCGACGAUGACGACGAGGAGGCGGACAACGAGGUGCAUAAGAUGCCAACCUUCCGGCAUCGAUAUUACGAGAUAGAAGUUGACGAGAACGCUUCCGUGCCGUUGUUGAUUGCGCAACUCGAUCUCACCGAUGGUCACCAUACGGAUCACAUAAGGUACAGCGUUGUGGCUGAUGGUUCCGACAGUAGGGAGCAUUUUUCCGUCGAUCCUAAAAACGGUUCUCUCUACCUGAUGACGGAGAUCGAUCGGGAGACCAGAGAUCGGUACGAGGUGAAGGUCAGAGUCGAUCGACUGAAGCUCGGCCGUGGCAUGCCGGUUAUGAUCUAUCCAGUCGUCGGUGAGAGGCUGAAUGGACUGGCACCUAACGAAGCCAAAGUGGUCGUCAGAGUGAAGGACGUGAAUGACAACGCGCCCAGAUUCAAGACAAAGGACAGGCCCAUCCUCGCCGCUAUACCCACCACUGCUCAUUACGGUUACGAGGUCGUCAAAGUGGAGGCCGAGGAUCCGGAUUUGGGGAUAAAUGGUGAAAUACGCUAUCAAAUUCUUGGCCGGGAGGACGCCCCGCGUUUCGCCAUUGACCCACUUAGCGGUCAAGUGCGAUCGGUGGCGAGUUUUGGCCGCGACGCCGGUCGCGUCUUCGGCUUCGACGUCAAGGCCACUGACAGACAGGGCGCCGAGAACGGGCGCAGCAGCAUCGCCAACGUCUUCGUGUACGUGUUGGACGAUCAGAAACAAGUCGUCAUGAUCAUGGGUCGGAAGCCCAUCGAGAUCGAGCCGGAGCUCGAGAACAUUACUAUCGCGUUGCAGAAUGUCACCGGCUUAGACGUGCGAGUGAGAAAGCUGGAACCUCACAUCGAAAAGAACUUGAUCGACGGUGCCUCUACCGAUAUUUAUUUAUACGCGAUCGACCCACAUUUGAAUGUUAUAAUAGACAUGGAAACUUUGCACAGUGUUUUUAAUAACAAGAAGGCGGAUAUAAAACGCGAACUGGAGGAAUAUCACGUACUGGAAAUUGCUGGGAACGCCCCACGUAAAAGUAGUCAACGUUACUUGUUGUCCACCCUCGAAGUGGGCGUUGUGGUGCUCGGCUGUGUCGUCUUCGUGGGCGCCCUUGUGACUGCCCUGUGUGUUACCUGUGUUCGUCGCAAUAAACGUCGUAGACGACGAGACAAGGCCAUGUUCUCGACAGUCGGCCCGGUCGGAUUUGCUUUGACGGACCCUGCCGGCACUCUGCAAAAGCCACCACUCUUUCCCACUUUCGUCGAUGGUCUCCAUUACGAUCCUGAACCCUUCUGCUCGGAGAUGUCCAGGAGGCAGAGCAUGUGCGAGCACGGCAAUUGCGUCCGCUUUCACACGAUGGGCGGAGGCGGAAAACACGCGGUGAGGUCGACGGGUACCUUGAAAGGUCUCGAGGCAUCCGCGACAUCCCUGCAUUCCAGUGGUCAGGACUCUGGUAUCGUGGCGCGCACCUCUUGUCAUUGCAGUCACUCAUCCAGUCCUUCCAGUGGCGAGAGUAGCAACGGGUACGAAGAUUCGCUCAAGUCUCUUCAGCGUCGCGAGAGGUGCAAUGACGUCUCGCGUGGCAGCCAUGACACCUCCAGUGUGGUCGGCAGACGUGCAAAUCUGGCGGCGAAACGGCGACAGCGGUUCCACUCCUUCUCGAACGUCGAAUCCGUUUACGCUCACGAGAUGGCCAUGCAGCGAGAACAGCAGCAGCAGCAGCAGCAGCAGCAGCACUGCUGCAUCGGCACCGAGAAGAGACGGAAAGCGGAGCAUCGCCGUUCUCAUUCCGAGGCGGAAAAUAAUAUCACCGAGACGGUGAUACACGAACAUCCGGGCACCGAGAUAUCGUUAGCGAGCUCCCUGCCAAACACAUCGACUAUUCAUGGUACUAUAUCAAGAACCAGCCACAUGCUCUACUAACGGUGUCGAUUUAUAAAAAGAGGAGGAAUUUUUAAGGAGCAACGGGAUCACAACGGCUGCAAAUAUUAUAAUAUUAUAUAUAUAAUUAUAUAUAUAAAAUAUAUAUAAAAAUAAAUAACCAACAAAUAUAAUUAUAUAUAAUUUAUAUAUAAUUUCCUUUUUGUAUAAUUUUCUUUUACAAAUUCACGUAUAAAUUAUUGUUUGUAAUUUUGCUCACACGGCGUGUCAUCUCGUUGCCAAAGAGACUUGUACGUCGUCGAAUCAGAAAAUCACUCAUUUCUGUAAAUACACGGCACCGUCCUCGGUAUUCGAUCUUCUUUUCGAGAUAGAUUAAAUAAUGGCGCGGCGGCAGUUAUUAUUAAGGUUAUUUAUCACACUAAUAUUAUAAUGUGAGAUGUACGCGUUUAUGUAUAAUAUUAAUAUAUUGUAUAAUUAUAAUUAUUGUAUAACUAUAAUUUGUUGUAGAUCAUGUACAGAUACAUUUUGCGAAUAAGUCUAUUUUGAUAUUAGCUGACUUAUUUAAUAUAUGCGUAAUAUGUACGUUUUGUGUAAAAUGUAACAAAGUGUAACAUACUUGUAAUUUAUA